AUGGCAGGUAGAGGUGACAAAGGUAAUCAAAAAGUUGAUCCAACAAAAAUAAAAAAGAGAAAACAACCUCCGUCUUAUAUACGACCGACAGGUAUUCAUAUAUCUGAGGGUCGAUUUGCUGACGAGCUAGCACGACCCUCAUAUUCUAGGUUGUCGCAGAAUUCAGUUCCUACUCCUACGCAUGUGGGUCCACUUCAUGGGUCUACAGCAGCUCAUUCUGCUCCCAUUCCCGUGCCACCGCCAUUACAGUACUAUCAGACGACCGUUGGCACAUUCAGGCAUCUACCAUCGUCUGCAGUACCUUCUACUAGUAUUCACCCACAUUCUUACAGUGAUUCUGGUGGAUCUAUUAGGUUGACGGAUUUUCAUCUUGGAGGCACUUCAUCUGGUGCUUCAGAUCCGCCCACGCCAGUGCAUCCACCAGCACUUGUUUCGUAUCUCAGAGAUAGAGAUGAUUAUCAGAGGUGGUAUAUUAUUCCAUAUGGAAUAGGGUUUAUGCCCGAUGAUGGAGUUGGAAAAAUUAUGACUAAAUGCAUUAGGCGGCACUUCAAUGGCUAUUGGACCAGUUGGCAAAAGGUUCCAGAAUAUGACAGAGAAUAAAUGUUUAAAGAAUUUCAUGUAAGGAUUUAACUUAUCGACUACUUAACACAUUGUUAGAAUAAAAAAUUAAAUAUUAUAUUUUUAUUUUUGUUGUAAAAAUAUUUCUGGUGGGUUGUCGCGUAUGAAUGUGCUAUAUGGAGGAAUUUUUAUAGAAGAGCUAGAGUCAGAAUGAACGGUUGGUUGGAUUAUGCCAGAACGAACAGGGUACGACCAGGAUUUAUACUCAAACCCAUGUGGCAAGAUUAUUUUCACUAUUGGAAUAGCGAAGAAUACCAAUUAUGGAAUGAGAAAGGAAAAAAAGUCAGGGCAUCAUUCAAGGGUGACUCUCUACAUACUACGGGUGCAGUUAGUCGGAUUACUGUGGAGCAAA